AUGAAUAAAAUUAAAGUGGUAUUACGAAAUAGGGGUCUAAAUGUGGUCCAGGGCCGCUACUAUGCAACAACAAAAAAGAAAAUUCCUGAUCCUGAUGAGGAGGAAUCUCUACCAAUUUUUCAGUACCCUACAAGCAAGUCGUCAGAUCGGAAUAUGUACUCAUGGGGGCUUGCAGAGACAGGAGCGUUAGGCAUACACAUGCCUCGAGGAAAUAAGAACAGAAAACAAUAUAGGAACAACUUCUCACUCUGCUGGUACCCUAUGAGAUCUAGCUUUGCAGAGAGAUUUGAUGUAGAACAUAUUGCUGCAGGGUACGGCUUCACAGUAGCUUCCAUAAAAACAAAUGAGCAACAUAAAGUUUUUGGCACAGGCAUCAACACAGACUCGCAAAUAGGCUAUCAUGCCCCUCGCAUGGGUCAUCCCUUGGAGUUACUACUUAGUCCUGCACCAAUAUUUUUACCUUAUAAGUCAUUGGAAACUAAGAUCAUCGGCAUAGAUGCAGGCCGGGCUCACUCAGUUAUAGUGACAGAUAAUGAAGGAGUAUUUACUCUAGGCAAUAACGCAUAUGGCCAGUGUGGUCGUAAAAUCAAUCCGAAUGAGGAGUACAAAGGGAGCAUGGUGUCUUAUAAUAUCAAGAAGUUGGGCAAAGAGAAGAUUGCCAGUGUCUGCUGUGGGCAAGAUCAUACCCUAUUCAUAACUGAGAGUGGCAAGGUGUAUGCUUGUGGUUGGGGAGCUGAUGGCCAGACUGGGCUCGGUACAUUUGAUAACCAAGCUAUACCAGCCCUAGUGCAGGGCGACGUUACGUCGGAAAAAAUUGUGAAGGUUGCAUCUACUGUUGAUUGUGUACUGGCUUUAAAUGACAGAGGUGAAUUGUUUGGUUGGGGCAACUCGGAGUAUGGUCAGAUUCCAAUGAAGUCUGGUACGCAACAAGUGAACAUGUCAUACUCUCUGCGGGAGUUUACCCGUGGCUUGGGCAAGAUAAUUGACAUAGCAGCUGGUGGUUCAUUUUGCUUGAUUGUAAAUGAGGCAGGUGAUGCUUUCGUUUGGGGUUUCGGUUUGUUAGGACUCGGCCCCAAUGUGGAACACUCAAAAAUACCAAAGCAAAUACCGAGUCCUUUGUUUGGACGAAAUGAGUUUAACACAGAAUCUCGAGUGGAGAAGGUAGCUUGUGGCAUUGGGCAUUUAGCAGCUAUAACUAAUGAUGGACAUUUAUACAUGUGGGGUAGAAAUAGACAAGGCUGCUUAGGCCUUGGUUCCAGUAAAGACCAAUACUUUCCGCUGAAAGUUUCCAUUGGUGGAUUUGUUAUGAAAGUUAUUUGCAGUGUAGACCAUUCUGUUGCAAUCUGCAAGCCUUUUACGUAA